GCACUCACCUGAUACGUUACCUGGCUGAGAGACUGCACAACCAUUACCUUUUCCAACACCGUCCACUAGUGAAGCUCAUUGUGUCCCGCAUUCUCCAGCAGUCAGGUGUUCAUUUCAUGUUUUGGACUGAGCUUGAAAAAAGGCAAGCAGACAUGGCUGUGGCAAACUUCCACUACAUUACUCGCAUGAGCAGCGGCUUCAAGGUCUACAUUUUAGAGGGUCAGCCUCAUCUGAGAAGUGAAGACCGAUUCAGACACAUGACAAAUGAACGAACUCGUACCCCAACAGUGUAUCCCAAACGCAAGCGCAGCCAUGAUCGAUGUCUCACUCUGGAAGAAAGGCGCGAGCGGGUCUUGAACAGAAGCAAUGGUAAAGCGAUGCAGAGAGGAGCAACUGGACCAGUACCACCACCGGUCGCGUCUCAUAGUCCUCAAAGUCCCACUUCUACCUGGAGCCCAACACACAAUCCAACCAGCCCUUUGCCCUCUCAUGUGUACUACACCCCAGUCAUGGAUGAACCUCUUGCCCUCAUCAAGAAACCAAGAAAGGACGUAGAGAGCGCAGAGGAGAAGGCUAAAAAUGCCAGCACAAGUCAGAUUCAGAUGCGGCCCUCAGUGAUCACUUGCGUUUCUUCGUUAAGAAAGCCCGCCCUGAGCGCCGAUGUCCACCAGAGUCAGUCAUCAGUAAACUGCAAAUGCAACUACGACCAUGUGGUUGAGGAGCAUUUCCAGAGGAGCCUUGGAGCGAAUUACCAGAAAACUCACUCCCAGCAACUCUCUAUCAGCGUGUCGGUCGAUGACCACUUCGCCAAGGCCUUGGGAGAUAAGUGGCUGCAGAUUAAGUCCAAGUCUUCCUCCUGCUCAUCCACCCCCCCCAGCAGUCCGAGCAUGACUCACUCACCAGCCUACAUGCAAAGCCCACAUUCCUCCAUUAAAGAAUCCGCAAGCAAAUCGCCAGCAACCUCCAACCGUUCGUCUGUAAAUUAACUCAAAAAUGAUCUCUGAGUUUGGCAGGGAACAUUUCGAGAUUGCCACGCCUUUUGUUGAUCAAUGAACAGUUUUUAGGGGUGAUGUCAGAUUGGACCACUGUGUGCCUUCGCUGAUGCAGACAAUUUGUAGCAUCAACUGGUAUUGUCUUGUUACAUUUCUGUCUUCAGCCUAUCAUUGGUAUAUGAUUGAAGAAUUAUCAAAUUAUUCCUUCACAUUUCCUAUGUUUGUUUCUUGUAAAGUCACUUUGCAUUUCAUUGCAUUAUAUUUAUAUUCAUCUCAUCUUUAAGGUUUACCGGCAGGGCUGUAUUUGAUGUGUAUUGUUGUGAAUACAUUUAUUAUGCAAAAGAACCUUUAAAAGGCUUUGAAAAGUUUGGAAUUAAUAAAAAUGUAAAAUAAAGAUGUUUAUUAUUUUUC